CCUUCCGGAAGUGCCCCCUCUUUCCAGGACGGGCCAAAGGAAGCCGCUUCCGGGAGCCGGCCUGUUGCCACGACGACGGAGCUCCCGGCAUGCCUCGCGGCGGCGGGCUAUGGCGUUGGGGGUGCGGCUACUCCUGUUGCUCGCGCUCUGGACGCUGGCGGUUCCGGCCCGGAGUCUCCGGGAGGCAGGCGACGGAGGGUGGCGGCGGCCCGGGCCGGGGGCGCCGGCGGCCGUGGCGGAGGAGGAACGCUGCACCGUAGAGCGCCGGGCCGACCUCAGCUACGCCGAGUUCGUGCAGCGCUACGCCUUUUCCAGACCUGUCAUUCUGCAGGGGCUCACAGACAACUCGAGGUUCCGGGACCUGUGCUCCCGUCAAAGGCUGCUGGCCUUGUUUGGGGACAGCGUGGUCCGGUUGAGCACUGCCAACACCUACUCCUACCAGAAAGUGGACCUGCCCUUUCAGGAGUAUGUGGAGCAGAUGCUGCACCCCCAGGACCCGUUCUCCAUGGGCAAUGACACCCUGUACUUCUUUGGGGACAAUAACUUCACCGAAUGGGCAUCACUCUUUCGGCACUACUCUCCACCUCCAUUCAGCCUGCUAGGUACCAUUCCUGCUUAUAGUUUUGGAAUUGCAGGUGCCGGCUCUGGGGUGCCCUUCCACUGGCACGGGCCCGGGUUCUCAGAGGUGAUCUAUGGCCGAAAGCGCUGGUUCCUGUACCCUCCUGCGAAGACACCUGAAUUCCACCCCAACAAGACCACACUGGCCUGGCUCCGGGACACAUACCCGGCCCUGGCACUAUCUGCACGGCCCCUGGAAUGCACCAUCCACGCUGGUGAGGUGCUGUAUUUCCCUGACCGAUGGUGGCACGCCACACUCAACCUCGACACCAGUGUCUUCAUCUCUACCUUUCUCAGCUAGCCAAAGGGGGUGGCUGGGGAGCCCGUCGCACACCAGCACAUGCCCCUAUAGUGCUCACAGAUUUUAUUACAGGGACAGAGGUGGCAGCGGCAGCCUCAGCCCAGCCCACUCUCACCCGCUGUUUCUGGCCCAGAAGGGGGAUGGGGGAGGCUCAUGACCCAGCAGAACUGAUGGGGGUGGGCUUGGGGACACCAGGAUAGGGAUCUAGGGACACAAACUAUGUACAGCGGCUAGAGACUACUGCCCAAGGCCCUCCUGAGCCAGGGUACCGGGCAAGGCGGGUGAGUGGCUCACACACCCGCCCUGCGUUAGUAGUCCUCCACCCAGCCAUUCUCGGAGAUGAACGCGUCAAUGACCUCUUUCAUGGCCAGGUUGGGGAUGAGCUGUUCCUGGGUCAGGGGGCUCCGAGUCACAGGGUCAAAAUGGCCCACACG